UUAUAUCCUUGAAGACAAAUUAUUAUAAUUGUAUUUCUCAUAAAAUAAAUGCAUUUUUAUUUGGACAUAUUAUUACUAGUUUGUGAGAAUCCCUGCUGAUCUGAUAAGAAGACAAUUUGAAGCUAGCUCCAUUUAGACGAUACAUUUUAACGGCUGUCAUUUUUUUUACAAUAUGGGACUGUUAGCGUUAACAUUUGUGUUGCUGCUAGGUGAGUCACUAUCUUUUGUAUUUACCUAAGUUAGCGUCUCUUGUGGACAAUAACUGAAUUUGUAUUGGUGAGUCACGACCUUUCGUAUUGGGCAUAAUUUGUCAUCUCUUAUGUACCAUAACUGUAUUUGUGUUGGGUUACUUGUGUGGCCAAACAGCCAGAAGCGUGCCAAUUCUAAGCUCGAGGACAGGAGUUCAAACCUACACCAAAAUAAAAGCGACAUCAACACCGUGGGGUGUGUGGGGGUGGUUGGGAAAUAAUCCAAGACAAGGCAAACUCUGAAAUCAAACUCGGAGAUGGAGUCCUGUAGGCGGUAUGACAUUGGCACAAUGAACAUUACAACAACUCCCAAGAUGUGGAACGCAUAAAGAGCACAGCAAGACGCACGCACGCUGGUCAUCUAUUGCAUCCUGGUCUAUUUCCAGUCGUCUUGACCACGUCUUGCCAUUGGAUCAAACAGGACAUGAAGAGAGAAUGAGGCGGACGAAGUGAGCAACUCUUACUCCCUUUAAACAAAAUACAUCUCAAGUCAGGGCUAAUAUUCAAGUCGAAUCCUUGGUCUUCUUCGCAUGAAAAAUGAAACAGAAGAACAAUAAUAAUUGUGAAUAAAUCUACUUAGCCUCUAAACAUGUUAGCCUCAAAUUUUCAACAUUUUCAAAUAAAACUGCUAAAAUUGAAAGAUUUUUUAUUUUUGUGAAACUUUUACACAAAAGCAAAAUCAAUUAUAAACUAUAUUUUUUUACAUGAUAAAAUUCCAAUCUAAAUUAUAAUUUUAAUGUAGUCGCUGUUCAUAAAGUUGAUCUGAAACUUAAUUAUUGAUGUAAUUUCAAUAAAACAAAAUUCCAAAAUGAACCAAAUUGCAUUCAAGCGAACAGACAUACCCCAAAGCCUAACGUCGAAAACCAAAUUAGUUUUAAUUGGCUGGUUGUACAUUUAUUCUGCAAUACAAGGGUGACGUUAACAUUGAUACUUCGGGCGGUGGUGGAGGACACGGAACGUUUGUGGAAAACGGGAGGCUGGGGCUGAAAUAAUAUGUAUACACAUGUUGGACGGGCUGAAACGAGCUGCGCCACAUGAGAGUGUUGGCAUUUCAAAAAUAACGUUUUUUCUCUUGCCUAUUCCUAUUAUUUAAUUUGAUUUUCUUAAUAUUAAGUUUACGCCGAAACAAACAGCGGAGUGAUGCAUUAUUACUAUGUUUAAAACACAUUAUUACUAUGUUUAAAACACAUUAUUACUAUGUUUAAAACACAUUAUUACUAUGUUUAAAACACAUUAUUACUAUGUUUAAAACACAUUAUUACUAUGUUUAAAACACAUUAUUACUAUGUUUAAAACACAUUAUUACUAUGUUUAAAACACAUUAUUACUAUGUUUAAAACACAUUAUUACUAUGUUUAAAACACAUUAUUACUAUGUUUAAAACACAUUAUUACUAUGUUUAAAACACAUUAUUACUAUGUUUAAAACACAUUAUUACUAUGUUUAAAACACAUUAUUACUAUGUUUAAAACACAUUAUUACUAUGUUUAAAAGCAAUAUGUUUCCAAACAGAGCAAUGUUUAGCUCAGCCGCACGCAGUCCUUGACCUACAAGCAGCUGCGACGUGCUACCAUUGUGACACUCACGCACGUCAUUUCCCAGCAUGCCUCAGCGAGCCUGUCACUUGUCAUCCCGACGAGGUGGGAAUUAGUAACAAUUUUAGUUAGAAAAUAUACUCAUCUCACGAACCUUUAUUAGCAUCCCAACCCACCCACCCCCCAGCCCCCACCCCCAAAUCCCAACCCGUUUUGCUUCAUUUAACUUCUUUUAAUCAUCUCUUAGGUCUUAGGGCAAUACAGUGACAAAUGUCAAAUGUAGGCAAGUUUACUUAUGUUGUGAUUUACGUUGCGUGCGUUUGUAAACAAACUAUUCAAUAAUUAUGCAGAUGACUUGCAUGGUCUGGCAUCAAAACCGUUUUGAAAUGCUACUUUACUUUACAAAGGCAAAUUUAAGUUACAAAUCUAAGAGCACGUCUAGCGUACGUGGUAUGGUGUAGCCGUAUAGGCUGAAUACCGUGUUAUUUGUUAGGCUAUUCAACGAUUAAAUUGUAUUAAAACACGAAAAUCUAUAACAAGGGAUGGUGCUGACGUAGGAUGAUGGCACUUUGACCCGCCCCCCCCCCCUCACACCCAUUUCCUCCUGAUACCCGAGACUACUUUCUAGAUCAACUCUACGAAAAUACCAAAAACAUUUACUCUCCGCCUAAACUUGACUUCUUCCUCACAUCAAAAUAAUUCUCUAUGUAACAAUGUUUACUAACACCACCAGGACGCUCUGAUAUCACUAAAUGAUUUACACGAUAACUGCGCUAAAUGAGAUUCAUGAAACUACUGCAUGCCCGUUUGGUGCGUAAUAUUUUCUUUUUUUAUCGAAACAGUCUCGUCUAUAUAUAUAAUUCGCCAGAAGUAGGGUAAUCAACAAGACAACCACGCAGACUAUUUAUAGAUACGCCAGAGCAAACAAGACGCUCCCCUCCCUUCCCUUGCCACCCUCACUUGCCAGCCAGCUCACGGCGUAUGCUAAGCCGCGGGUAGGCGUGAAAUAAAAAGUGUGGCGUGAAGUAUCAUGAAAAAAUGUGGGAGGGGGGGUGUAGGUAAAUUGUCAUUCUUAAAUGUGCGUAACUUGAGUUCACGUUUUUUGUCAAGUAACUUUAGAAGAUGGGCAGUUCACGCAGUGCUGUCGCCAAUGUUUGCCGGGCUACAUCUAGUUCAAAUAUUAUAGUAUACAUAUGAAGUUUAAACAUGGUUGUGACAUUAGGAUAUUAAUAUAGUUCAGUGGCACGAAAAAAAGUGGGGAGUAUGCGAACCUGGAAAAAAAAAAGGGUUGGGGGGGGGGGGGAGCACUAAUUGGGAUUGUUAUAAAGUGCGUUGCUAGAGUGCAUGUUUUUCAAGUAACUGUGUAAGUAGAUGGGAAUUUCACGCAUCGCUGCCACCAUUGUCUGGUGGUCUAUAACUAUUGGUGUAAUAAAUCUGCCGUGGAAAAGUGGGUGGGGCAUUAGUAUAUUAAUAUAGUUCAUGGGCGAUGGCGUACGGGAUUUUUUUUUGGGGGGGGGGUGUUGGGGUGGAGGAGCACUAAUUUCGAAAUCUUAUCAAAUUCGUUACUUGAAUUUAUGUUGUGUCAAGUCACUUGAGUAGAUGAAAAUUUCAUGCAUUCCCGCCCCCAUUCUUUGAUGAGCUGUAUAGCUAGUCGGCCAGUAAAUCCAGUUAAUCCUAGGACGGUUCAGAAACAUGAAACAACAAUAGAGAAUAUUCUCAGCUGCUGGUAAUUUCCGUUGUUCUUCCAUCACUCCCAGGCGUGUUCGAUAUCCUAUGGAACUGGACUACCCACCAUCAGGUGCCAGAAAUCUGACGUAAGUUGAACUCUGGAUAAAACUUUAACGUACAUGACUGUCUGGGGUCUUAGCAUUUAUCAUUCAACAACAGCAAAUAAACCAAUUCUAAAGACAUAUAAUUUACAGUUUUAACACUAUACACAUUAUCGACGGAAUUUUAAAAUCAUACCACGAAUGGCCACUAAUUGUGCAAGGUUUCACUUACAACAUUUUCUCAAAUAAAAAUAUGCUUCCGGUAAUUAUGACAUACACGCAUACCUUACAUAAACCAUUUUGGUUGAAAAUUAAUUUUGGAUUAUGAACCAAACAUUUUUAAAAAAAGUUUAAUUAGCAAUAACAUAUUAUUCCAUCAUAAGUAAAUGCCAAUAUUCGUCCAUGUUUUUUAAAAUCUCCCCUUUUUAAAUAGUCUGUUUCUGGUCUCGGCCAAAUAUAGUCUCUGAAAAUUUCCUCUGUGUCAAAAUUAUCAACUUUUUGUCCACAUUUAGGCUUGUUUGCAUGAUGUGUCACAUCCCAUAGGGGGUUGCACCGGAGGUGGUGUAGAGGUCCACCCCAACCAGUGUGAGCUCUGCUGUCACACCACAGCCUGUGUUCAGGGCAUCAAUGGACUCCUGCUGCAAGAAUUCCGUACGUGUGUAUGUUAGCAACUAUUGGCACGUGAUGUGCGCCGUGUUUAAUAGCCUGGUCUAAUAAGUUAAGCGAUCUUCCCAUUUUAAAACAUUGAACAACAUAAUUAAUGACAUUUCUGCUGGAAAAAUAAGUUGGUUAGGCAGAGCACAGCAUCCAAUUCAGUUGGAAUGACGUCAUGACAAAUACAAAAAGAGUCAAACUCACGAACCCAACCGUUCACAACUUACAGUUUAACCCACCAAUUACUAUCAAUGGCGUCAUGACAAAGGCAUUCAGACUCAAACUCUCGAACACAACCGUUUACAACUUACAGUUUUACCCACUAAUACUAUAAAUGACGUCAUCACAAAGGUAUUACAGACUAAAACUCUCAAAGACAACCUUUCACAACGUACAAUUUUAUCAAUUACUUUUUCUUGUCGUUUCUUAUUUUCCAACUUUCUUGUGUUAAACUGCAAUCAUUAUUGAGCCCUCAUAUCUCUUUUUCUGCGCUAUACUUUGCAAGAUCAUUUCAAUUUCUUUCUAUACAACAAUCCAUUUCCUUGAAGUCUCUUUGUCCCAUAUUUUCUGUGGCAUUCCUAUUUUUUCUAAUCUGGGGAUUAAAGAACAUUUUAACACUGACUGGCACGAAAUAAAGUCACUUCUGAAACAAAGGAGCAAUGUUUUCUGAUAUAGAUUAGCAGCCGAGCCUACAAACGUCACGAGUGGCAUUUUGUAAGACGCUGUGGUGGAGGGGGUAUAUUCUCAUGAGAGCAGGUGUUAUAGCCACAUGAGAAUAGGUAUUAUUGUCUCAUGAGUGAAGGUGUUACAGUCACAUGAGAGGAGGUGCAAUAAUCUAAUGAGAGGUCGUGUUAUAGUCUCAUGAGCUGUUGUUGUGUGUUUGUGUCUGUGUGUGUGUGUGUGUGUUUGCUUGGGUACCUUUUUUCAAAGCAUAAACAUAAAAAAAAAAAUGAACAUCACCUUUCAGCUCAGGUUGGUGUGACUGUUCUACAGCAAGGCCCAGUCACGUGUUACCACUGUGACCAGCAGACCCGCCAUUUCCCAGGAUGCCUCAGCCAGCCUGUCACCUGUCGGGCAGACGAGGUAGGAACGUCUUAACAGGUUCCACAAGUACCAUCGGUGGCUCAUCCUAAUGUUUUAUUCCAUAGCUUUGCACUGUUCGACGGUUACUUAAACAACGGGCGAUUGAUAUGUGGCCCACGAAAAUACAGUGUAACACAAAGCAAUGUAAACAAACUUAUUUUUUCCGCGCACGCUAAUCGCUCGGAAACACCUGGACAAUGCCGCCACGGACUCAACAUCAAUCGAGAGCUUCAAGGCUGCCCUGGCGUUUGCUGGGAGCCUUUAGGAUAGCAGUAUCGCUUUCCUCAACCGUUGCACAUAUGCCAGUACAUGGAUUCAGCAACGCACCCCUCCCACCCCUCCAAAACCAGAACAUGUUCUCAGACGUUGCCAUAACUGCCUGUACAUUAGAUCGUACGAUAUGUUUCUGAAUUUAAAAAAAAAAUCCCUUGGUCUGUCAAUGAGACAUUGACGUUAAGACUUGCAUUGUUCUGACGUUACUUAUACACUGAACUAAAUGUAAUGGAACUUUUCAUCGAUUACUCGAAAUUACAGUAAAGAAAAAUUGAUGGACAGUAACUACUAGACAUACGCCUACAGGAUAAGAUGACAAUUGUAUGUAAGAUUAUUACAUUUUCACCAAUUGUUUUUUUUUUUUUUUCCAUUCAUCACAUGCAGGUUUGCUCUAUAUCCUAUGGUAUUGGUUUACCAUUUUUCAGAUGUGAAAAGUCAAACGUAAGUAAAUCUCAAAACUGAAUUCAAGCUUUAGUUUCAGUUUCCUAGAUCAACCGCUGAACUGAAGUUAAACUAUAGUUUCAUUUUCCUAGAUCAACCGCUGAACUGAAGUUAAACUAUAGUUUCAUUUUCCUAGAUCAACCGCUGAACUGAAGUUAAAUUAUAGUUUCAAUUUCCUAGAUCAACCGCUGAACUGAAGUUAAGCUAUAGUUUCAUUUUCCUAGAUCAACCGCUGAACUGAAGUUAAACUAUAGUUUCAUUUUCCUAGAUCAACUGCUCAACUGAAGUUAAAAUAUAGUUUCAUUUUCCUAGAUCAACUGCUGAACCGAAGUUAAACUAUAGUUUCAUUUUCCUAGAUCAACCGCUGAACUGAAGUUAAACUAUAGUUUCAUUUUCCUAGAUCAACCGCUGAACUGAAGUUAAACUAUAGUUUCAUUUCCCUAGAGCAACCGCUUAACUGAAGUUAAACAAUAGUUUCAUUUUCCUUAUUACCGGUACAAUGUUUACUGAGAAUUUAAAAAAAAAAAAUUGUCUGUUAAUGCUGAAAUGGACACUUCACAAAGGGCCUAAAUGAACUGAUACAAUGUCAGGGGUCAAAUUAUAACUUUGAUUUUUUUUUUACACAACGACAUCACAUGAAUUGUGUAGGAUAUUAAAUAACUCCUCAUAAAACAGAACUUCAUAAUAUUUUUUUAAGUUGUCUCGUAAAUUAAUUCCUAUUUAAAUGUUCUUGUUCCCCAUCCAGGAUUGUGUUCGAGACGUGUCUCAUCCCAUGAGGACUUGUGCUGGGGGUGGUGUAGAGGUACAGACCAACGAGUGCGAGCUCUGCUGCUCUUCGUCAGCCUGCAUGAACGACAUCAGUGGACUGCUAUUGCAAGAGUUCCGUACGUGUGUAUAUAAGAAUGUAUCGGUCAUCAUACAAGAAUCAAUCGGUCAUCAUAUAAGAAUCCAUCAAGAAUCAUCUAAGAAAAUAUCGGUCAUCAUAUAAGAAUCUAUCAAGAAUCAUCUAAGAAAAUAUCGGUCAUCAUAUAAGAAUCCAUCAAGAAUCAUAUAAGAGAAUAUCGGGCAUCAUAUAAGAAUCUAUCCGUAAUCAUAUGAGAAUAUAUCGAUCAUCAUAUGCCAUAUCAAUAGUGACAUAGUCGUUAAUGAUCUCUAGCCUUUUCAUCACCAUAUUUCUCCACAAUCUCAAUGUAUUUUGCAUUCUCACUUUGAAUAUUAAUGCCUUUUAUUAAAAUUAAAUCAAACACAAAAAUUGCUUGUCAUCUUUAAAAAACUAACCAAUAUUAAACUACAUCGCGCCUUUCGAUUCCAGCGUACCAAACUGCGAACCAAGGAAUCUUCUGCCCUGGUUCGUGUCCGGAGACCGACAUCGCCACAUGCGUCCACACGGCGACCUACUGCCACGCGGAUCAGGUGGGUCAAAGUUCAUGCCUUAAAGCGAAGAAAUCGAACUCGUUUUAUACGAGAUCCACUAUUUGUUAUCAUGACUUUAUUUUGACAGACGUGGAGAACGAUUAAAUCCUACACCAGGUCCUCUACCGCACAGUCCUUUAAUCUUGUCCAUCUCAAUGAAUGGACCAUUUUAAAAGUAAUUGUAUGAAAUGUAUAAAUGUAUAUAAAUGUAUAUAUAUAUAUAUAUAUAUAUAUAUAUAUAUAUAUAUGUUUAUUUAUUUAUUUAUUUUGCUCAUUAUGCUCUCAUCCUUCCGUCAAAAUGUGACGAUAGUGUGGAUUUCGCAGGACGAAAUCCACAAGGCCUGGGAUUAUUCUUCCAAAUUAAGCAACAACAAUUUGCCUCUCUACAGCUUGGCACCAAUGGCGUCGUCGGACUGUUUCAUUGUUCCGAUGUUAUCCGCCUACGGGACUCCAUCUCCGGGUUUAAAUUCAAAGUUUCCUUUUAUACAAAGAGUUGCGUUCCAACGUUAACGAGUCCCAUCAGCCCAAGGUGCUGCUGAUGUUUUUGCUUGACUCGGCUUUGUGCGGAUUGAACUUUAGAGACCAUCACCUUGAGAUUUGCUCAGUUUAGACCAAUCGGGCACCCAGCAACUUAUAAAUAUAACUAUAAAAUAAGUAUGAAAUGGAAAACAGUUUUUUAAAUAAAGGAAUGUAAAAGACUAAUUUUUCUUUAACCUCAGCACAAGUCAAAUUUUUAAAUUAAUAAUAAAAUAUUUCGCUUUUGUUCAAUAAGUUAAAAUCCUAUAGGCAACAGUUCUCAUAACGUGCUUCAAAAACUUCUUAAGAAUUGCUCCAUUGCUAUUUAAACGUGAUAGGAAUUGUUCCGGUAUGAUUUAUACGUGUUACAAAUUGUUCCGUUGUGGUUUUAACGUCUAAUGACAUGCAUCUCUAUGAAACGUAUAUUCGUAUACUAUUAUUUGUAACCUCCACAGUUCUGUGAGGUUGGCAUUGACGAUCACUUGAUAGUACAGGGACACUGUAAGAACGCUCACGAGCUGCAGGUGAGCCGGACAUGCAUUCAUAUGUGUUUACACAUUCAUGUACAUCUUAAGGUGGAAAUGUUUGGGAAGCAAAUUUAUUGGAUUUCAAAUUUUCGUUUCAAGAAUUACAUGUCAAAACUGUAACUUUUAUCACCGGAUUUAAACGAGAAAUCUGGAGAUUUGAUAAAUGAUGACAUAUGUUUGACAGUGAGAGAGUUGAUAAAAUACUGAAAUAUAUUUAAGAGUGAGAGAGUUGAUAUAUUUAUGACUUAUGUCUAAACAUUCUUUUACAAUCAAAAAUGUCCUUGCUUUUUAAUCGUGUCUCCGCUGUGUUCCUACACAACAGAAAUGUCACGACGACCUAGCUAGACACCCGUGCGCACUGACCGUCGGUCAACCUGGUCACAUCGCAAAAUGCAUCUGGGACUGCUGUCAGAGUAAAGAGUGCCUGGCUGCCCAUUUUGGCGCCUACAUGGGUAAAACAAUAUAUAAAAAUCUAAGUUUACUGGGGGCUGAAGGCUUGGGGGAAUAAGGGAAGGAAGGGACUGGGAACUGGGGGGACUGAGGGACUGGGGGAAUUUUGGACUUGUGGACUUGGGGACUUGUGGACUUGGGGACUUGUGGACUUGGGGACUUGUGGACUGGUGGACAUGUGGACUUGUGGACUUGGGGACUGAGGGACUUGGGGACUGAGGGACUUGGGGACUUGGGGACUAAGGGACCUGGGGACUGAAGGACUGAGGGGACUGAGGGAUUGAGGGACUUGGGGACUGAGGAACUGAGGGACUUUGGGACUGGGGGACUCAGGGAUUUGGGGAAUAGGGGACUUGUAGAUUUGGGGACUUGUGGACUGGUGGACAUGUGGACUUUUGGACUUGUGGACUUGGGGACUUGUAGACUGGUGGACUUGGGGACUAGGGGACUUGUGGACUGGUGGACAUGUGGACUUGUGGAGUUGGGGACUAGGGGACUUGUGGACUGGUGGAUAUGUGGACUUGUGGAGUUGGGGACUUGGGGACUUGUGGACUUGUGGACUUGGGGAUGAGGGGACUUGUGGACUGGUGGACAUGUGGACUUGGGGACUUGUGGACUUGGGGACUUGUGGACUUGGGGACUUGUGGACUUGUGGACUGGUGGACAUGUGGACUUGUGGAGUUGGGGACUUGUGGACUUGGAGACUUGUGGACUUGUGGACUUGGGGACUUGUAGACGUGUGGACAUGGGGACUUGGGGACUUGUGGACUUGGGGACUGGUGGACAUGUGGACAUUUGGACUUGGGGACUUGGGGACUAGGGGAAUUGUUGACUUGUGGACUUGUGGACUUGGGGACUAGGGGACUUGUGGACUGGUUGACAUGUGGACUUGUGGACUUGGGGACUUGUGGACUUGUGGACUUGGGGACUUGGUGACUGAGGGACUUGGGGGCGGGGACUUGGUGACUGAGAGACUUAUGGGGAUUGGGGGGACUGGUGGGACUGGGGGAUUAGGGGGAAUUGAGGGACUGGGGAACUGGAGGGACUGGUGGGCUGUGGGGCUGAGGGGACUGUGGAGACGGGAGGACUGGGGAUGGGGGGGGGCUGAGGGGAAUGCGAGACUGGGGCACUUGGAAGACUGAGGGGGCAGAGGGGACUUGAGCGACUGGGAUUGAAUGAAAUAAGUUUCUAAAACAUAUUUUUUAAAUUUAUAUUAAAAACCAUUAAACAUUAAAUAAAAGUUGUAUAUUUUUAGUCAAAUUUUAAAGCGUCUUCAAACAUUUUAUUGAAUAACACAUGUUAAUGAAUAAAGCAUGUUAUUGAAUAACACAUGUUAAUGAAUAAAGCAUGUUAUUGAAUAACACAUGUUAAUGAAUAAAGCAUGUUAUUGAAUAACACAUGUUAAUGAAUAAAGCAUGUUAUUGAAUAACACAUGUUAAUGAAUAAAGCAUGUUAUUGAAUAACACAUGUUAAUGAAUAAAGCAUGUUAUUCCAUAAAAAUAUUUCAAUAGCCUAUAGAAACUCAUUAACUUUCACUUAAACUUUAAAUUAGAUUUAGAUAUUCUCUAUAACGGAACAGCUUCAUCAAAUACAUUCCUAAUUACUGUGGUUAAUAAAUACUCCCCCAAUAAUAUACUUUAAUAUGUUGCAUUGCGUUCCUAAACACUCCCCAAUAAUAUAAUUUCAUAUGUUGCAUUGCGUUCCUAAACACUCCCCAAUAAUAUACCUUCAAAUGCAGCGUUGCUUUCUUUACACUCUCCUGUACUAUAACUUUAUCUGUGGCAUUGCAAUGCUUUUCUAUACAUUCCCCUGUACUAUACCUUUAUCUGUGGCAUUGCAAUGCUUUUCUAUACAUUCCCCUGUACUAUACCUUUAUCUGUGGCAUGGCAUUGCUUUUCUAAAUAUUUAUUUUUAUGUUGAUCUCUGAUUCAAGGCGUUCAGAUAUCGAAUUCUAAAUCAAUACGAUGAGUUAUAUGAUUGGUUAUUUUGUAAAUUAUCUUAAGGCCUCACAUUUAACAUUGCAUGUGACCUCAUCAUAAGAUCUUGAUCUUUUUCGAUAUAUCUCGUGCUUAAAAAAAAUAAUAAAUCCGGGGUUAAUAUUUAAAAAAGUUGCACUCUCUAGUCAUAUGUCUGAGUAAUUACUUUCAUUGUCACAAUUCUUUGUCGGUAAAUCCGAUCUUCAAAUGCUAUGAACAAGAAACCUUGCUUCUACGAGGACAGACUUCCUCAUUUAAACAAACUCAAGAUCGAGCGAUAGAACUAUUGCAAUGUAAUUAUUUCGUAAUUAUUUCAAUUUACUUACCUGAAAAAAAAAAAAACGAAGAUCUGUAAGCGUGUAUUCUUCAUCUUGCAGGGACGCCAGCUCCACAAGUGUUGACCCUAGCACCCUUAGCCACGCCAGCACCUACACGUAAGUACGGCAUGAAAAUCUAAAACACCAUCUUGACCUUUGAACCGAGUGACAAAACCAGUCUUUGUCUCGUCCUGGCGGCCAUAAGGAUGCCAAUAGUAUUGGUCAAGAAUUCGUUUAAAAAAAAAAAAUCAUUGACAACGUUGUCUGAAAAAAAGAAGCCAAGCUGGCCACCGUAGAAAAAAAUUACAUUGCGGGAAUCGUUUCUAGUGAGGAGAUCACUGUUAAAAUUCAUCAUCUUUGUCACGAUACAAUUUUUUUUUUUUUAAAGAUAAACCAUUUGUUCUAUGGCUUUGAAAGGUAAGAAUAAAAUAAAAUUACAGUUAAAAAAUUUAGUGUAGAAUCGAGUAAGAAAAAAAAAAAAUUUUAAAAUUCAUCAUCUUUGUCACGAUACAAUUUUUUUUUUUUUUUAAAGAUAAACCAUUUGUUCUAUGGCUUUGAAAGGUAAGAAUAAAAUAAAAUUACAGUUAAAAAAUUUAGUGUAGAAUCGAGUAAGAAAAAAAAAAAAUUCGCGACAUACGGCUAAAUCUUUCUUUAGCUAAAUCUAGCAUAUUAUUCCAAUGACAUUGUGUUUUUUUUGUUUGUUUUUUUUUAAAUCGGAUCAUUCAAAAAAAUAUUUUCAGCCAGGUUUUUUAAACUUUCCAUUCUAUGGAUGCGACAAUAUGUGUGACUUCACUUUUAAAUGUUUGAUCUUUCACAGCUGUCACCUGCAGGACAUGUGACGGAAAUUGUGCAGGCGACGGGAUCUAUUCGAACUGCCCGACUGGAUUCUGCUCUCUGACUAUCGUCGACUCCAAAGAUGGAAGUAGGUCAUUUCGGAAAGGGUAAGACAUUUAGGUUCAUGUAAUUCACACUUGAUUAAUAGCUAUUUAUAUCUGUACAUUACAUAUACGUUAAUUACACAGCAGAUUUUGCACAAAAGGAAACCAGUCCUCAAUUAGUUGUUUACGCACAUGGUAUGCUCGUUUACUCAAAAUUUUCAUAGAGAGAGGGAGAGAGAGAGAGAGAGAGGGUGAAAUAAAGAAAAAGAGAGAAAAAUAGAGGGGGAGAGAAAGAGAGAAACAUAAAGAGAGAAAGAAGGGGUAAUGAGAGAGAAAAGAGAGAAAGAGAGCGAGAGAGAGAGAGAGGGCGAAAUAAAGAAAAAAAGAGAAAGAUGGAGAGGGGGGAGAAAGAGAGAGUUAUAAAGAAAGAGAGAAGGAUUAAUGAGAAAGAAAAGAGAGAGAGGGUGAGAAACGCGAAAUGCUAUACAGGGUGGAUGGGACUCAUUAGCCUAUCAUGGCAAAUCAUCUAAGAGAUUGCAAACACUGAAUUCAAACUGGAGCCAGAAUGAUAAAUACAUUUAUCUUUUGCCCGUAAAAUAUUUUUUUUAAAAAAAAGGUACACAAAAUAUGGACAUUAUUAAAUGAAGCUUUCAGAUUAAAUUUUUCAGCGUACUCUUAACAAAACUGAUAUAUAUAUUUAUAUAUAUAUACUUACAUAUCUUCAGGUGCUCCACCCAAGAUCAGUGUCAAAAGGACUGGCUAGACGGGUGGAGUAAGAAUCCACUCUGUCUCGCUUACAUUGCGAAUCCCACCAAGGUAUCCGGUCAGGAUAACUCUUGCUCAUUUUGCUGCACGAGUGACAACUGCAAUGAACACAUCGUCGACACGAGUGUGCUGUAUGGUGUGCACAUUUGAACUCGUGAGAACGUUUUGUGAACAGCCAUUUAGGAAAAUAACGACAAAACGGGACAAUGACAAAAUCAUUUGUGUGUUAUAAAUUUAAAAAAAAAAGCGGGAAAUUCUUCAGCUGUCAGAAACCAAAUGGCGGCAUUGUGUCAGAAAGCAAAAUAAAAAUUAUUGGAUGGCCACCUUGUUCUUUGUUAUUUUGCAUUUUAAUUCUUUGAAAUAUUUUUAGUUGCCUACCUACUACAUUUUUAUAGUUUAAAUAUUUUUUUUUUUUGAGUUCAGUGUACCAAACCGAAGUUUAUAAAGGCAAUGACUAGCUUGGAACAUGUCUUCUGGUAGAUUUGUUCUUCCAUUAGUCACAUGCCAUAGAGCGGCUAACAUAGCUAAUGAUUAUGUGAUUCGUAUUUAAUGAUUACAUGAUUCGUAGGUGAUGAUUAUACGAUUCAGAGUAAAUGAUUAUAAGUUUCAUAGUUAAUGAUUAUAAGUCUUAUAAUUAAUAAUUAUAUGAUUUAUAGUUGAUGAUUACAUGAGUCGUAGUUAAUGAUUAUAUGUUUCAUAAUAAUGAUUAUUUUAAAGUUGGUGAUCAAAGAUUUAUUGAAAUAAGGCUUAAGGCUAUUAAAUCAGUUAAUUUAAACAAAACAAUGAUAUAUAUAUUAUCAUAAAAAUUAUCAUUAUUUUUUUUUUAUGGCAUCCUUCGGUCUUCGUGAGACGAUGGAGUAGUUAUAUAGUUCUACACUUUGACGAGUGGCUCACUAGGCCAAUCCUUGAAUGGCAAUCACGGCCGCAUCUCUCGCAGGAGAAUAUUGAAACCCGGUCAAUUCUUGAUUUUCGAAUUGUUCGUUUUGAUUCGAGGGCCUCUUUUCGAGUAACUUCUGCCUUUCUCACUACUCCAAACACUGCUGUACGCCAGUUGGAGCAAUGUUCAGCAAUGAACUCCCCUCUGCCAACUCUCCAUACAGCAGAAUCUUUGGGAUACGUCCUUCCUCCAUUCUCCAUACAUGGCCUACCCAGUGAAGGCGUCUCUUGAUAAGAAAAGAGAAUAUGCUAAACAUGUGUGCACGUUCCAAGACCUCCACGUUAGGCACCCUGUCCUGCCAACGAAUGCGCAAAAUGCGACGCAGACAUCUUUGAUGGAAGCUGUUGAGUUUCCGCUCCUGACUUGUAUAUGUGGUCCACACUUCGCUACCAUAUAGGAGCGUGCUAAGCACGCAUGCCUGAUAUACACUUAUUUUUGUUUUUAUCAGUUAGAUUGGGAUUAUUCCACACCCGCUUAUUCAGUUUAGCCAUAGUUGCUGCUGCUUUUGCAAUCCUGGUAUUGAGCUCUUCAUCAACGGAGAGAGAACUAGAAAAAUUGGAUCCCAGGGAUAUGAAAUGAUCAACAACCGAAAGAUUAUGACCCUCAAUGGAUAUGAUUGGAGGGGACGGUGAGAGAGAGAGAGAGAGAGAAGGAGUGACAAAGAAAGAGAGAAAGAAAUUUAAAUCAAACAAAUAUUAUCAUCUUUAUAUAUAUAUAUAUAUAUCUUUGUGAUUUUUAUUUUUUUCCAUUCUAAACCCAUAAUUUUUGGAGAGACUAAUGGGGAUUCUCAGUAACAUAACAAUGGGGCUUAGUGAUUUACAACAUCCAUUGGCUGCAAGCUUAAAGGAACAAAGUAUUUUGUCUUUGAGAAAAUUAACUAGUAAUAAAAUCAAAAGAAAAUAGAUUUCGAUAAACAAAAAAAAAAAAACAAAAAAAAACCAGGAACAUGAUUUGCACUCGCUGGAUUUUGGAGUUUUUAUAAUCCCAAAACGUCGUUAAGAUUAAAAAAAAACAACAACUCAUGACAGUACAAAAAUUUUAAUUUUUUAAAAGAACAAAGAAUUUUUUCUUUAAAAAAAAUAACUAAAAAAAAAAAAAAAAAAAAAUAGAUUUCAAUAAAAAAAAAAAAAAAAACAAAAAAAAACCAGGAACAUGAUUUGCACUCGCUGGAUGUUGGAGGUUGUAUGAUCCCAAGACGUCGUUAAGAUUAAAAAAAAACAACAACUCGUGUCGGUUCAAUAAUUUUAACUUUCAUGGCUAAUACACUUGGGAUUCUACGCUAAAUUUGUCUAAUACACAUAGUAGUCCACGGCUAAUUGUGUCUAAUACACAUAGUAGUCCAGGCUAAUUUUUUUUUCUAAUACACAUAAUAUUUUGCGACUACAUUGGUCUAAUACACAUAGAAGUAUAUGGCUAAAUUUGUCUAAUACACAUGAGUAAACCAUUAAAUUUGUCUAAUGCACAUUGAAAAAAAAGCAAAAUUUGUCUAAUGCACAUAGGAAUAAAAGGAUAAAUUUGUCUAAUGAACAUAGGAAUAAAAGACUACAUUUUUAUAAUGCACAUAAGAAUAAAUGGUUAAAUUUCUCUAAUGCACAUAGGAAUAAAAUGACAAAUUUGUCUAAUAUACAGGGGAAUAAAAGGCUAAAUUUGUCUAAUGCACUUAGGAAUAAAAGGCUAAAUUUGUCUAAUGCACAAAGGAAUAAAAGGAUACAUUUUUCUAAUGCACUUAGGAAUAAAGGGAUAAAUUUGUCUAAUGCAAGUAGGUAUAAAAGGCAAAAUUUGCCUAAUGCACAUAGAAAUAAAAGGAUAAAUUUGUCUAAUGCACAUAGGAAUAAAAGGAUACAUUUGUCUAAUGCACAUAGGAAUAAAAGGCUAAUUUUUUCUAAUGCACAUAGGAAUAAAAGGAUAAAUUUGUCUAAUACAAUGAGGAAUAUGAGGCUAAAUUUGUCUAAUACACAUAGUGAUAAAAGGCUAAAUUUUUCUAAUGCAUAUAGGAAUAAAAGGCUAAAUUUGUCUAAUGCACUUAGGAUUAAAAGGAUAAUUUUGUCUAAUGCACAUAGGAAUAGAAGGUUAAAUUUGUCUAAUACAAUAAGGAAUAAAAGUCUAAGAUUGUCUAAUGAACAUGUGAAUAAAAGGUUAAAUUUUGCAAAUGCAUAUAGGAAUAAAAGGCUAAAUUUGUCUAAUGAACACAGGAAUAAAAGGUUAAAUUUGUCUAAUGCACAUAGGAAUAAAAGGCAAAAUUUGUCUAAUUUACAUAGGAAUAAAAUGCUAAUUUUUUCACAUGGGAAAAAAAGUCUAAAUUUGUCUAAUUCACAUAGGAAUAAAAGGUUAAAUUUGUGUAAUGCACUUAGGAAUAAAAGGCUUAUUUUGUGUAAUGCACAUAUGAAUAAAUAGUUAAAUUUGUGUAAGGCACUUAGGAAUAAAAGUCUAAAUUUGUCUAAUGCACAUACGAAUAAUGGCUAAAUUUGUGUAAGGCACUUAGGAAUAAAAGGCUAAAUUUGUCUAAUGCACUUAGGAAUAAAAGGCUAAUUUUGUCUAAUGCACAUAGGAAUAAAAGGAUAAAUUUUUCUAAUGCACUUAGGAAUAAAAGGCUAAUUUUGUCAAAUGCACAUAGGAAUAAAAGGUUAAAUUUGUGUAAUGCACUUAGGAAUAAAAGGCUAAUUUUGUCUAAUGCACAUAGGAAUAAAAGGCAAAAUUUUUCUUAUGUCUUAUGGAAUAAAAGGCUAAAUUUGUCUAAUGUACUUAGGAAUGAAAAGCCAAAUUUUCCAAAUGCAUAUAGGAAUAAAAGGCAAAAAUUGUCUAAUGAACGCAGGAACAAAAGGAUAAAAUUGUCUAAUGCACAUAGGAAUAAAAGGCUAAGUUUGUCUAAUGCACAUAGGAAUAAAAGGCAAAAUUUGUCUAAUGCACUUAGGAAUAAAAGACUAAUUUUGUCUAAUGCACAUAGGAAUAAAACGCAAAAUUUGUCUUAUGUCUUAAGGAAUAAAAGGCUAAAUUUGUCUAAUGUACUUAGAAAUGAAAAGCCAAAUUUUCCAAAUGCAUAUAGGAAUAAAAGGCUAAAUUUGUCUAAUGAACACAGGAACAAAAGGAUAACAUUGUCUAAUGCACAUAGGAAUAAAAGGCACAAUUUAUCUAAUGCACAUAGGAACAAAAGGUUAAAUUUGUCUAAUGCACUUUGGAAUAAAAGGCUAAUUUUGUCUAAUGCACAUGGGAAUAAAAGUCUAAAUUUGUCUAAUGCACAUAGGAAUAAAAGGUUAAAAUUUUUCAAUUGCACAUAGGAAUAAAUGGCUAAAUUUGUGUAAGGCACUUAGGAAUAAAAGGCUAAAUUUGUCUAAUGUACUUAGGAAUAAAAGGUUACAUUUGUGUAAGGCACUUAAGAAUAAAAGUCUAAAUUUGUCUAAUGCACAUAGGAAUAAAUGGCUAAAUUUAAGUAAGGCAAUUAGGAAUAAAAGGCUAAAUUUGUCUAAUGUACUUAGGAAUGAAAAGCCAAAUUUUCCAAAUGCAUAUAGGAAUAAAAGGCUAAAUUUGUCUAAUGAACACAGGAACAAAAGGAUAAAAUUGUCUAAUGCACAUAGGAAUAAAAGGCACAAUUUAUCUAAUGCACAUAGGAAUAAAAGGCUAAAUUUGUCUAAUACACUUAGGAAUAAAAUGCUAAUUUUUUCUAAGGCACAUGGGAAUAAAAGUCUAAAUUUGUCUAAACACAUAUGAAUAAAAGGUUAAAUUUGUCUAAUGCACAUAGGCAUAAAUGGCUAAAUUUGUGUAAUGCACUUAGGAAUAAAAGGCUAAAUUUGUCUUAUGCACGUAGGAAUAAAAGGUUAAAUUUGUCUAAUGCACAUAGGAAUAAAAGGUUAAAUUUGUCUAAUGCAUAUAGGAAUAAAUGGCUAAAUUUGUCUAAGGCACUUAGGAAGAAAAGGCUAAAUUUGUCUAAUGCACUUAGGAAUAAAAGGCUAAUUUUGUCUAAUGCACAUAGGAAUAAAUAGUUAAAUUUGUGUAAGGCACUUAGGAAUAAAAGUCUAAAUUUGUCUAAUGCACAUACGAAUAAUGGCUAAAUUUGUGUAAGGCACUUAGGAAUAAAAGGCUAAAUUUGUCUAAUGCACUUAGGAAUAAAAGGCUAAUUUUGUCUAAUGCACAUAGGAAUAAAAGGAUAAAUUUGUCUAAUGCACUUAGGAAUAAAAGGCUAAUUUUGUCAAAUGCACAUAGGAAUAAAAGGUUAAAUUUGUGUAAUGCACUUAGGAAUAAAAGGCUAAUUUUGUCUAAUGCACAUAGGAAUAAAAGGCAAAAUUUGUCUUAUGGAAUAAAAGGCUAAAUUUUUCUAAUGCGCAUAGGAAUAAAAGGCUUAAUUUGUCUAAUGCAUUGAGUAAUAAAAGGCUAAAUUUGUCUCAUAAACUUAGGAAUAAAAGGAUACAUUUGUCUAAUGCACAUAGGAAUAAAAGGCUUAAUUUGUCUAAUGCAUUGAGUAAUAAAAGGCUAAAUUUGUCUCAUAAACUUAGGAAUAAAAGGAUACAUUUGUCUAAUGCCCAUAGGAAUAAAAGGCUAAUUUUUUCUAAUGCACAUUGGAAUAAAAGGAUAAAUUUGUCUAAUGCACAUAGAAAAAAAGCCUAAAUUUGUCUAAUGCACAUAUGAAUAAAAGGCUAUUUUUUUCCAAUGCAUAUAGGAAUAAAAGGCUAAAUUUGUCUAAUGAACACAGGAACAAAAGGAUAAAAUUGUCUAAUGCACAUAGGAAUAAAAGACACAAUUUGUCUAAUGUACAUUGCAAUAAAAGGAAACAUUUGUCUAAUGCACAUAAGAAUAAAAGGCAAAAUAUGUCUAAUGCACUAAGAAUAAAAGGAUACAUUUGUCUAAUGUACAUGGGAAUAAAAGGCUAAAUUUGUCAAAUUCAUAUAGGAAUAAAAGGCUUAAUUUGUCUGAUUCAAAGAGGAAUAAAAGGAUAAAUUUGUCUAAUGCACAUAGGAAUAAAAGGCUAAUUUUGUCUAAUGCGAAUAGGAAUAAAAGCCUAAAUUUUUCUAAUGCACAUAGGAAUAAAAGGAUGAAUUUGUCUAAUGCACAAAGGAUUAAAAUGCUAAAUUUGUCUAAUACAAUGAGGAAUAUGAGGCUAAAUUUUUCUAAUACACAUAGUAAUAAAAGGCUAAAUUUUUCUAAUGCAUAUAGGAAUAAAAGGCUAAAUUUGUCUAAUGCACUUAGGAUUAAAAGGAUAAUUUUGUCUAAUGCACAUAGGAAUAAAUGGCUAAAUUGGUCUAUUGCACAUAGGAAUAAAAGGCUAAAUUUGUCUAAUGCACAUAGGAAUAAAAGGUUAAAUUGGUCUAUUGCACAUAGGAAUAAAAGGCUAAAUUUGUCUAAUGCACAUAUGAAUAAAAGGCUAAAUUUGUCUAAUACAAUGAGGAAUAAACGGCAAUUUGGUCUAUUGCACAUAGGAAUAAAAGGCUAAAUUUGUCUAAUGCACAUAGGAAUAAAAGUUUAAAUUUGUCUAUUGCACAUAGGAAUAAAAGGUUAAAUUUGUCUAAUGCACAUAGGAAUAAAAGGCUAAAUUUGUCUAAUGCACAUAGGAAUAAAAGGCUAAAUUGGUCUAUUGCACAUAGGAAUAAAAGGCUAAAUUUGUCUAAUGCACAUAGGAAUAAAAGGUUAAAUUUGUCUAAUGCACAUAGGAAUAAAAGGCAAAAUUUGUCUAAUGCACAUAUGAAUAAAAUGCUAAUUUUUUCUAAGGCACAUGGGAAUAAAAGUCUAAAUUUGUCUAUUGCACAUAGGAAUAAAAGGUUAAAUUUGUGUAAUGCACUUAGGAAUAAAAGGCUAAUUUUGUCUAAUGCACAUAGGAAUAAAUAGUUAAAUUUGUGUAAGGCACUUAGGAAUAAAAGUCUAAAUUUGUCUAAUGCACAUACGAAUAAUGGCUAAAUUUGUGUAAGGCACUUAGGAAUAAAAGGCUAAAUUUGUCUAAUGCACUUAGGAAUAAAAGGCUAAUUUUGUCUAAUGCACAUAGGAAUAAAAGGAUAAAUUUGUCUAAUGCACUUAGGAAUAAAAGGCUAAUUUUGUCAAAUGCACAUAGGAAUAAAAGGUUAAAUUUGUGUAAUGCACUUAGGAAUAAAAGGCUAAUUUUGUCUAAUGCACAUAGGAAUAAAAGGCAAAAUUUGUCUUAUGUCUUAUGGGAUAAAAGGCUAAAUUUUUCUAAUGCGCAUAGGAAUAAAAGGCUUAAUUUGUCUAAUGCAUUGAGUAAUAAAAGGCUAAAUUUGUCUCAUAAACUUAGGAAUAAAAGGAUACAUUUGUCUAAUGCACAUAGGAAUAAAAGGCUAAUUUUUUCUAAUGCACAUAGGAAUAAAAGGAUAAAUUUGUCUAAUACACAUAGGAAUAAAAGGCUAAAUUUGUCUAAUGCACUUAGGAAUAAAAGGCUUAAUUUGUCUAAUGCGCAUAGAAAUAAAAGGCUAAAUUAAUUUUCAUGCACAAAGCAAUAAAAGGCUAAAUUUGUCUGAUGCACUUAGGAAUAAAAGGCUAAAUUUCUCUAAUACACAUAGAAAUAAAAGGCUAAAUUUUUCUAAUGCACAUAGGAAUAAAAGGCUAAAUUUGUCUAAUGCACAUAGGAUUAAAAGGAUAAAUUUGUCUAAUGCACAUAGGAAUAAAAGUUUAAAUUUGUCAAAUGCACACAGGAAUAAAAGGUUGAAUUUUUCUAAUGUAAAUAGGAAUAAAAGGCUAAAUCUGUCUAAUGUACAUAGGAAUAAAAGGCUAAAUUUGUCUAAUGCUCUUAGGAAUAAAAGGCUAAUUUUGUCUAAUGCGCAUAGAAAUAAAAGGCUUAAUUUGUCUAAUGCAAAUAACAAUAAAAGGCUACAUUUGUCUAAUGCAUAGUGGAAUAAAAUGCUAAAUUUGUCUAAUGCACAUAUGAAUAAAAGGCUAAAUUUGUCUAAUGCAAAUUGGAAUAAAAGGCUAAAUUUGUCUAAUGCACAUAUGAAUAAAGGGAUAAAUUUGUCUAAUGCAUAUUGUAAUAAAAGGUUAAAUUUGUCUAAUGCACAUAUGAAUAAAAGGCUAAAUUUGUCUAAUGCAUAUUGGAAUAAAAGGCUAAAUUUGUCUAAUACACGUAUAAAGGAUAAUAACCUAAACCCUAACAUUUGGUACGACUUAAAAAAUAAAGGUAUUGAAAUGUGUUUUAACUGUUUUUCAGAUUUCGUUGCUCUUCUCCAACUUGCAUGACUAAAAAAAAAAAGGGGGGGGAUGGCGGGGGAAAACAAUCGUUAAGAAUGUUUUAAUUACAAGAAAAAUNGUUAAGAAUGUUUUAAUUCCAAGAAAAAUUAUCAAAUAUGGAAUACAUUAAAAUAUACUUGACAAAAGAGAUUGCACUGAAUCUAUAUUUCUUUGCAAAAUUCUCAUGUAGUUUUUAAAAUUCAUGUCAGUAAAAUUGUUUCAUAUAUGAAUUGUAAUCAAGGAAGAUAAAACGAUACUUUUUUAAAAAAAACUAGACGUCAUGGGGCUAUUCACUAAUUUUGAAAAUAGUUUUUUUUUUUAAAAACUUUAAUACACUGACCUAAAUAGUGGUAUUACCAAAAGGCCAGAUGCUCGUUAAAAUUGCUUCCCUGCAGAUAGGAAAUCUUAUCUCAGUCGUGUCAUAACAGUUGUCACAGAGUGUCAAAACAAAAACUUGAUACGAAAUAAAACAAAACACUUAACUUCCAUGACUUUUUCCAAGUCUUUUGUUGUUUUUUUAAAGUUUUUUUUUAAAACAAAAAAUAUCCUUCAAUAAAAACAAAUAUUAUUAAUAGGUUGUUAAAAAGAACUCACAAGAAAAACUUGAAAAAAACUAGACACAUGGCUACACUCUUUCAGGUAUUUGAAAAUCAAAAGAAAGCGUAAAAUAUUUUUUUAAAGUAAACUAAUGAAAAGAUGUGUGCCAGUGCUAAAAAAUGUAAUCAAUACAAAAUACCCGCAUGCACAUUUGUUGGUUAAAUUUUUUUUUUGUGUGUUUCAAUAUUGUUUUUAAUUUAACAAAUUCAUACACGACUUCUCAUUACCAACAAACCAUUUUUUUUUUAAAACAGCUGUGUUGCAACAGUCAUGAACUUUAGUUCAGCUACGCCUAUCCGUCAAUCAUGUCUGUGCAGUCAGCGCCUACUGUGCUUGCCUAAAACCUUUUCUCGUCCUAACAAAAAAAAAUAGGAGCACUAUAUCCAGUAUAUUUGUUUUUGUGUUAACUUACGUAAUCAGAUGAGUGGAUUUCCUGACAAACUUGUAUUUUGAUAGCGCCCCCCCCCCAACCCCAAGCCACCAUUUGAUAAAAGUACUCUUUGGAGCUUGAGACUACGAUUUUGAGACCUGAAAACUAAGCUGACACUGACCCGGGGGCUAAGUAGGUCCGAGACCAUCGUUUGUGUGUUUCACAUUUCAAAUGGAAUCAUGGAGGUCAUAGGCCAGUCAGCUGAUACCGCAAUCAGACUUUUUUUCAAUGAAUACGCUUUUUAUAAUGAGUUUGGUUUUCUGUUAACUGUUGUUUUUUAAAAAUCUGACACGCUGCAACGAAAUAAUCACAUGGGGUAAUUUUUUUGUUAAAUCCACGUUACGGACCGUGUUUCUGAAUGUGUGAGAAUCCAUGUUCAUCUGAUAAGACACCAAUCUUGAAAUUUUCUACAGUAAGCUUGUUGCCAUUCUUGUUCUGGGAUAGGGCAUGCCAACUAAGAUGAGAUGAAAUGACUUCCAACAUGAAGUUCUUAACGUUGGCGUUCAUUUUGUGGCUAGGUGAGUUUUUGAUCACUUGGGCAACACACGCAUCAGCCUACUGUGAUACACAGGGCCUCGUGUUGGUGAUAUAUUGACUACAGACCAUUGGUGUGAUGGACUCGUCCUUUCUGUCUUGUUGGCCUUCGCUGAUACACAGGGCCCUGUGUUGGUGAUAUAUUGACUACAAACCAUUGGUGUGAUGGACUCGUCCUUUCUGUCUUCUUGGCCUUCGCUGACACACAGGGCCUUGUGUUGGUGAUAUAUUGACUACAGACCAUUGGUGUGAUGGACUCGUCCUUUCUGUCUUGUUGGCCUUCGCUUAUACACAGGGCCUCGAGUUGGUUAUAUAUUGUCAACAGACGAUUUAUGGGAGGGACGCGUUCUUUCUUUCUUGUUGGUAAUAUGUAACCUGAUUCAACUUCAGAAUUUUGUCAGAGGAAAAUAAUUUAUUAAACUUGAAGUAUUACCUGUAUACAAUGUGGUUUUUGAAAAUUUCCGAGUAGAAGGCUUUUUAACCUAUCCUAGCGUCACAUUUUAACAUUAUCCUAGAGUCAUCUUUUAACAUGAUCCAGUGACAUCUUUUAAAAUUAUACUAGCGUCGACUUUUAACAUUAUCCUAGCGUAGCGUUUUAUCGUUAUCCUUUUGGCUUAUAUUCUAAAGCAAAGAUGGCGAAACUUUAGAGAUUCAAUGGCCGAAUUGCAACUGAAAAAACCCUUUAUUUAUUCAAAUGGCAACCCUAUAUCCUAUUAUUUAUUCAAAUUGCAAACCAAAUCCCAUCAUUUAGUCGAAUUCAUUCCAAAACCCCAUUAUUUAUUCAAAUUGAAAACAAUUUCACCCAAUCGUAAAUACUAGAAUUCUUGUUAAUUAAAAAAAGCCAGUAAGAACUCAUACUUGUAUGUAAACGAAAGGGUCAUGGGUGCCCGCUGCGACAAGCGUGCCAUAAGUUUGCAACCACUGUCCCUGGGAUCUGUCGUUUCUCCCAUGAUAGGGAUACAGAAGUCAUUAACAAAAAAUCCCUUUACAACCUUAUUCUAUACCGUUUCCAUGUAAUCUUUAACUUCUGAUGUUAUUUCGGGACUAUUGCAUUGUCUUUUUCGCCCUUCACCCUAGAUAAGUUUCGUUUCUUAAGCCUGCUUACUGACAUAAUGGUCAUUUUUUAAAUAUGGGCAAUUGUUAUAACUGUAAUAAUGGAAAUAGCUUCACAGACAGUCAGCUGCAUCUCUCGCUGAAAAUUAUAAUUAUAUAUAUGCAGCUUUGAGGUUCGAUUGUUCUUAGACAAAUCAGUUCGUUUUGGGGCCCAAGAAUUGUAGUGAUAGGAGCCGGGAAGACAUGAACGAUAAAACACAUUGCAAGUUGGUAUGCCCAACCCCCCGGGUUUACAUAAGUGUAUAGGAUGGCUUGAACAGAGCCUCUGAGCCAACGCCAUCUAUUGGCAGACACCAUAACCGUUAUCCCGUCAUCACACAGACAUUUUCAGGGAUAAGUUCAUCAGUGGUCCUCGUUAGUGAGCUUGCUAAAUAUGACCCAAAAUGUCACACCCUGCCCUGCUUAGCUUGUUUUUGUUUUUUUUAAUUGUUUUUUUUGUGUGAAUAAGAUGUAAAAUUUGAGAUGUAAAACUUGAAAAAUAAAAUAUAUUCAAACAAAUAUUCAUUUUUUAAAACAUAUUUGAGAGAUAUUUUUUUUAAUCACAAAAUUUGGCUAUUUCAAAUUUAAUAUCUUUUGAGACGAAUUUUGAGAUCCUGCCCUAUUUCUUCCGACAGACGUGGGCGCAGGUCAGAUUCAUAUCAUUCUCAGCCCCCUGUUGUCUGUGGAUUGCUUCCACUGUGACAGUCAUUCUCGCCAUUUCCCAGGAUGCCUCAGUGAGACCUUCACCUGCCAAGCAGACGAGGUGAGAUCGAAGUCGUUAUUUAUUUUGAAACUCAUUUCUUUAUUAAACGGCCAAUUUAAAAAAAAAUAAGGAUCUGUUCAAUGUUUUCACAGUAACUUGUCUAAUAUUGACAACAUAGCUGUAGUAUCCAUAAACAAUAUAUAUAUAUAUUUAUAUCAAUAAAAGUACCAGAAGUACAGAAUGCGCCGAAAGUUACAGCGCUGAAAAUUAAGCGAAGUUCAAUACGUCCCUCUUGUCAUCUUUUAAAAGAAACCAACAUGUACACUAUUAGCGUGUUGCUUUCACACGGUAUGUACGUAAAUGUCCACUUUGUGUACCACCUCGCUGUAGGCAGGGUUCACAUCGAUUGCCUAGAUUCUCUAACAUAUCACCAAACAAUGGUUGUAGCUGCAGACUCCUGCUAAAGGAGAGUAUUCUCUAGCGUGAUGUUAAGCACAGUUCUGGGCGUAUCACACUCACCUUCAGCACUCCCCAAAAAUUAGGCAUCGGAUGGCGUAAAAUCAAGGGCGUCACACGGGCAUGGGAAGUCAGUCCCACGUGGAUUGAUUUGACCUGGGAAGUUUUUCUGCAGCAUGACAAUAGAUUCCAGAGUAGUGUGGCUUGUCGCCCGUCUUAUUAAUACCACUGUCUAUUACUGUAAAUAUUCCUUGCACUAUAGAAACCUCUCAAAUUCUGAAGAGAUGUUUCAAUCACCAUGCCACUCCAGCGUUUAUGAGUGAGGGUAAGAGCAUUGCUUUCCUCAUCCUCAAUGAACAUAGGGGCCUAAUGUACUGUGUGCUGAAACGGCACACCUGAUCGUCACACGUGCAUUGUAUGGUGGCUUUGGACGAUACCAUUUGACCCAUCAGCACCAAAGAAGCGAGUUUUUUGGUGAUGUAGCAAUCUAGUGAAUGGGACGUUCGUCUGAGAGCCUCAACUUCUCAAAAUAAUACAUGGAUCAUCGUAAACCAUGGUCAAAAGUACUGUACGGUACAUCAUUCUGACUAUGUCGAGCGUUGUUCAAUGUGUAUCCGGUAAGCAAAUCUUUGUCCUUAGACAAACUUUGAACGUACACCAUCUGAUGUUCUGUUUCAAAGAUGUUCGUUGGUCUUGAUAGAUACGAAUGUAGAGUCUGCUACAGCACACAUGCGUGAUUCUCAUUGGUCGAAACAGUUACCGACCAGUCUUGCCCUUCCGUCUAGCCAUUAAAUUUCCUGCACGGGGACAUCUCUUAACCAAAGAUGGCAUAACCAUGUAACUUGGCGCCUUGUUAAUAAAUCUCUCUCGGAAUUAUUGUACCACAUUUUUCAAACUCAAGCCCUCUUCACAAACAGUUCCUAAUAAACUAAAGUGGUGCCCAGCUAUAAAAAAAAAAUAUGGGUUCCUUUGUGGUGAGACUAUUUUCCAACAAAACUGCCUAACACAACCUCAUUUGAUUCCUCAGGGUCACGUGGCGUCUGUGGGUGUGCACCGUUGACAAACGCGUGUACUUGUUCAAGAUGCGUCAGUUUCAGGGCAGUUACUAAAAAAAAACCUUUUAAUUCCAACUCAUCAGCGUUAAAAUUCUACUUCACUCCACAAACUUAGUUCAUCUAUCGUGAUGAAAAUGCAUUGAAGUAUUUACAUUUGCGGGAAACAUGAUAUCACCUGCACAUUUUUUGAAAGCGAUCUACAUUUGAGGGCCCACGAUCACUUUAUUGAUCAUUCUGGCUCCUGGUUUGAAAUGCAGACUUUACUUUCUCUUAGAUGAGUUGACAUCCGAUCGGCCACCCAGCCUCUCCCCCCCACCCUGCAGCUGACCAUGGCUUGUCAGAAGAGUAUGCCGAUGAGGGAUAUUAAAAAUCGCUGCUACCUGUCUGCUUUGUCGCAGAUCUUAUUAUUAAUUUUAGGACAUGACAAUGAAAUCAUAAUGCUCAUAAGUUUGUUUGUUUUGGUUUUUUAGUCUUUUUUUAAAAAAAAUUAUUAAUAAAAAAAAAUUGUGAUUAAUUUAUUCAACAUAAAUAGCACAUCCUAUUUUUUAUAUUAAUCCAUUGAUUUAUGAAAGCUUUUCACUUGAUAUUUCUUGUUACAAUACCACAGGUGUGCUCGAUUACCUAUGGCAAUACCUUACCGUCUUUAAAGUGCCAGAAGAUUAACGUAAGUAACUUGCAUUGUAAAACUGGAAUGGACACACAUCUCUCUGCGCAUGUGACAUGGCGCGCGUCAGUAGCCACUUUCAAAUUCAUCUUUAUCUUUUCAAGAUAGACAACAAUGGUGCGAUGCUCACCAUCCUCAAAGAUUUUCAGACGAUUUUUGAGAUAUCAUAAUUUAUACGGAAAAUAACGUCAAAUAGUUUGGUUGUUUUUUUUUAAGGAAAUAGUAACUUUACAUGAAACGUGUUCCUAAAAACUUGUUGCUUUAAUCCUUUCAACCAUGAGACAAGUAUUUAGGAGUCGCAGUCAUUUGUAGAAAUAUUUCUUUUGAUUAAUUUGUUAGUUGAAUUUUGAGAUACAAUUUUUUUUUUAAAAGUGAACAAAGUUUGUUUAUUUCUAAAAAAAUAUUGCUAGCGACUCAAUGCAAUGAGUGGAUGUGCUGUAGUCUGAGAAUUUUUGUGUGUGACUUUUCUUAUUCAUGAACACUUGGAGGAAGUAAAAUUUUCCAACUUCUAAUUCCUUUUUUUUUCCGUUUCGUGUAUUUGAAUUCGACUUGUUCCUCUAAAGGACUGCACCCGUGAGGUGUCCCAUCCCACUGGACAUUGCGUCGGAGGUGGUGUAGAAGUCCGUCCCGGCCAGUGUGAAAUCUGCUGCCUCACAACAGCCUGUGUGAAUAACGUCAAUCUUCUCCUACUGCAAGAAUUCCGUACGUAACAAUGCAUAGUACUUUUAGCCGUAAUACAAAUAUUGUUUGUCUAGAUUUGUUUGUUGCUUGUAUGUUAAUUCAUGUUGUCAAAAUUGUCUGUGUUUUUAAUGUCUUGUUUGAUAAACUUGUCAAUUUGGUGCGUCCGUUACGAAAUGUUUAAAUAAGUCUCGCAACACGUAAGAACUGUUUUGCUUCACUUGCUUGCUUCAGACUUCACGAUAGCUUGAAAAUAUCUAGCUUAGCUUACAUGUUUUAACAAUGGAAAUAGCUUUAUGACACAUUUAUUAUAAAUUUAAACGCCCCCAACAGCCCAUCAUGGAAUAUUCUGUCCCGGUAUUUGUUCAGAAAGGGACAUAGCCACGUGUGUUAAGACGGCUGCAUAUUGUCAUACAGACCAGGUGGGUGGAUUAUCGAAUUUUGGUAAUAAAAUUUAUAUUUUAACAUUUUGGUAUAAAAAUUUAUAUUUUAACACUUUGGUAAUAAAAUUUAUGUUUAAGCAGCAAUGUUAAAAUGAUGCAGUCUGUCUGAAUAAUACAAGGCGCAAAUGAGGGGCUCUAAUAUUUAUUCAGUGUACUGUAGGAAGACCUUAUUGCCAGACUGCAGUUGAAAACUUAUUUACAAAUAUAAAACUUUAGUCGGGUGUGCGUAAAAUGUUGUCAUUAUAGUUAGAUUGAAAACGGCUAAUUUCCAAUUUUAUUUUGAAAUGAAACAAUAGUUUAAAAAUAGUACAUCCAUGGUGACAUGUGGAUGCAUGUUAGAAUUUCUACUUUUCAAACUCCUAAUGCAGGCUACUUUAUAAAUCCAUUUAAUGCAACCACGAAUAUCAACUGCUAUUGCUAACUUCCUCAGUACUGUGAGGUUGGCAUCAAUGAGCUGCUGGUGGUCCAUGGACAGUGUAAACCCAAGCACGACAUUCAGGUAUUCUGGUUGGGGAUUCUCGUUGCUUCUUACACGUUCACUAUUUGAAGUUGCGAUGUGGCCAAUGCGGUGCACGAUAUUCAGGUGUAAUGGUUGGAGAUUCAUAUUGAUUCUUAUAAGGUUCACUAUUUGAAGUUGCGAUGUGGCCAAUGCCGUGCACGCCAUUCAGGUGUAAUGGUUGGAGAUUCAUAUUGAUUCUUAUAAGGUUCACUAUUUGAAGUUGCGAUGUGGCCAAUGCGGUGCACGCCAUUCAGGUGUAAUGGUUGGAGAUUCAUAUUGAUUCUUAUAAGGUUCACUAUUUGAAGUUGCGAUGUGCGCAAUACGGCGCAUGAAAUAGAGCGGGAUGAAAAACAUCGGAGGCUGGUCUUGUUCAGAAUAAUGCCACGAUGUUUAAUCAUCUUUCUCCAUGUCUCAUCUUCGCUUGACAUACAUUUCGUGUUGGCAUGUUCGUAUCUUAAUCGAACAUCUACAUUCUACAUUAUCCUCAUAGAACAUUUACAUUUUCUUUAUGGAACACUACAUUAUUUUUAUGGAAUAUCUACAUUAUCUCUAUGAAACAUCUACAUUAUAUUUAUGGAACAUCUACAUUAUCUUUAUGGAACAUUUACAUUAUCUCUUUGGAACAUCUACAUUAUCUUUAUGGAACAUCUACAUUAUCUUUAUGGAACAUCUACAUUAUCUCUUUGGAACAUCUACAUUAUCUUUAUGGAAAUCUACAUAUCUUUAUGGAACAUCUACAUUAUCGCUUUGGAAAAUCUACAUUAUCUCUUUGGAAAUCUACAUUAUCUCUAUGGAACAUCUACAUUAUCUUUAUGGAACAUCUACAUUAUCUUUAUGGAAAUCUACAUUAUCUUUUUGGAACAUCUACACUAUAUUUAUGGAACGUCUACUUUAUCUUUAUGGAACAUCUACAUUAUCUUUAUGGAACAUCUACAUUAUCUUUAUGGAACAUCUACAUUAUCAUGAAUAAACAUCUACAUUAUCUUGAAGCUAGGGGUCAGGGGGCGCUAAAUCGUCCCAAGUAAUCCUGCUAAUGAUGCUUCCCUUUUAAAAUGUGAUCAAAUUCCCAAUGUCGGUACUUCCUAUGCUGGUUUGAUAACGAUUUGAUAACUCAAGCAAAAAACAUUACUCCGCUACUAUCCCCACUCCAGCUAGCACCCAAUGCCCUUUGGUGAAGUAGAACACUUGUAUUAGUGGUAAAGUAAAACCCUGGUAUUUUUUUUUUUAGUGAAGUAGAACGCUUGUAUUUGUAGAGAAAUGAAAUUCUGGUGUUUGUAUUGAAGCAGAACUCGGGUAUUUGUAAUGAAGUAGAACGUUGGUAUUUGUACUUCACUGGAGCGCUGGUAUUUGUAGUGAAGUAGAACGCUUGUAUUUGCCGUGACGUAGAACGCUGGUAUUUGCCGUGAAGUAGAACGCUGGUAUUUGCCGUGAAGUAGAACGCUGGUAUUUGUAGUGAAGUAGAACGCUGGUAUUUGCCGUGAAGUAGAACGCUGGUAUUUGCCGUGAAGUAGAACGCUGGUAUUUGCCGUGAAGUAUUGGUAUUUGUCGUGAAGUAGAACGCUGGUAUUUGUAGUGAAGUAGAACGCUGGUAUUUGUAGUGAAGUAGAACGCUGGUAUUUGUAGUGAAGUAGAACGCUGGUAUUUGCCGUGAAGUAGAACGCUGGUAUUUGCCGUGAAGUAGAACGCUGGUAUUUGCCGUGAAGUAGAACGCUGGUAUUUGCCGUGACGUAGAACGCUGGUAUUUGCCGUGAAGUAGAACGCUGGUAUUUGCCGUGACGUAGAAUGUUGGUAUUUGCACUUAACUGGAGCGCUGCUAUUUGUAGUGAAGUAGAAUGUUGGUAUUUGUACUUAACUGGAACGCUGGUAUUUGUAGUGAAGUAGAACGUUGGUAUUUGUACUUCACUGGAGCGCUGGUAUUUGUAGUGAAGUAGAACGUUGGUAUUUGUACUUAACUGGAACGCUGGUAUUUGUAGUGAAGUAGAAUUUUGGUAUUUGUACUUAGCUGGAACGCUGGUAUUUGUAGUGAAGGUAGAAUGUUGGUAUUUGUGCUUAACUGGAACGCUGGUAUUUUUAGUGAAGUAGAAUGCUGGUAUUUGUAAUGAAACAGACUUUGAUUCACCUGCGUCCACAAUUAUGGUAUCACUUGCUUGCUUGUCCAAACCAAUGUAAUUUAUUUCCAAGAAACUAUUUUGAUACGCCAAAAUGAUUUUGAGCUAUUGGCAAAUAAUUAAUUACACUAAAGUGUGAAACACGAUGAAGUUAAAUGGACAGGUGGUAGAUUACUUAUAAGAUAGUUCAUUAGUGAGAUUGAUUACCAAAUAAGGACAUUCUUUUUGGAAAGAAGACCAAUCAACAAUUACAAACUACUGUAAUGUGUCGUUCACAAUGAUGAAAAAAAGAAAUGUACUUUUUAGUGUGUAUUUAAUAAAUUUAACGACUUUGCUAGAUAGAUCUAUAUCAAUAUGACAGUAAUGUUAUUUUUUCAAAUGCUUUGUAAUUUUAACUUAUUUUUUUUUUUUAGCUAUGUUACAGUGACAAAGUUCGACACCCCUGCCCUCUAGCCAUUGGUCAAGCUGGACACACGGCUAGAUGUGUCUGGGACUGCUGUCUGACAAUCGAUUGCCUGAUUGGACACUUUGGCGCCUACAUGGGUAAAAUAAACAUUUGUAUUUUCGCGAAGCCUUAUUAAAGAAAUGUUUAGUUGUUUGGUUCCGAUGUUAAAACAAUAUUAUCGAUUUUCACUAUGAAUAUUUACAAUGUAUUAUUUUAAGGAUGGUGUUAAGGGAAAAUGGGUCGCAAAACGAGCGCAAGCUUUUUUUCCACGCGUGACGUCUUAAGACCUUCACGUCCGGGUCAAGGAUGGUGGGAUGACACUAACACUCAAAGUAUCGUGGUGGACCGCGUCUGCUUCGCGAUUUGAUGGAUUUGGGGGAGGGGGUGGGGGUUGGCGUGUGAUCUCAGAUCUACUUUCUAUAUUUAGUUUUAUACCUAGGUAAGGAUUAGAUCCACUUCAAAUAGGAUGAUGUAAGCUAAGCAUUCGAUGCUUUAAAAAAAAAGUAAUCGAUAACACCCUCGUCGAUUAUUUAAAGAUUAAAGUUUAAUAAUAAUGGAAUGUAGUAAAUAAAAAAAAAAAGAAUUGGUUAUUUUUUAUUACUAAAUCUGUAAUCUUUAAAUGAUUGAUACAAGGAGAACUAUUUCCUUUUUUUGAAACAUCGAAUGCUAACAAAAAUCUCCGUUAAAGGGACAUAACUCUUUACCUUAGCAUGAAACUAUAUUAAAAAAAGUAUUUAUUUUUAUAAAUAGCAUUUGUUCUUCUUGAGGCAUAUUUUACCAGUUACACAUUUUCUAAAGAAGUUAUGUUACUAAUUUUUUUUUUAAAUUCUUGAUUAAGGUAAUUUAAAAAAAAAAAAAUUUAAAGUUCCUUAUAUUACUAGAUAAUGGGGGAAUUUUAAACAAAAAUACUAUAUAGAUGUUAAAUAACUUUUGCCAAUAAAUAAUUGAAUGCACCAUAUCUUGUAUAUCUCAUUGCUAUUCCUAAAAUCAUUUGGGUAUCAUUACCAACCGGUGCAAGUUGAGCCUUGAAGUCUAGUCUUGUACCCUGCCAGUGUUCCAUCAAUGAGUGUUUUCAAAUGGUUUUGUCUUUGCCAAGAACUAUGCUGCUUAUACGGCUUUAAAACAAAAUCCGCUGUUUUAGCCACUUAACCAUGGAUUUUAAUAUUUGAGCUAGUUAUAAAUAAAAGAUUUUGCUAUUAUAAUUUAGCACCCCCCCAAAAAAAAAGUGCAGUCUGGCAAUCAAAAUAGCGGUCGUUUUUUAAAAAAAAAUAUAUAUAUACCGCUGCGACAAAAUCAUAGAAAAUAAAACAGAACACAAUUGAAUGACAAAGUUGGCACAUUUAACAAAGCAGGUAUGGUAGUAUGAAUAAGAAAUUUCAUGGACCAGAUACAGUGGCAAUAUGCAGAAAUUUAAUCAAGAAUACAGGAUAAUAUGCAUACAUUUAAUCAACAGGAUACCCUAGCAAUACACUGUAGCAGACAUUUCAAUAAAUACAUUUUUUUUUCUGCUGUUCAGGUUUUAGUACCCAUAGUCAAACGACAGUACAUUCCCUAAUUACUACACCAAAACCUACGACACCAGCACCUACUACACCAAUACCAACUACACCAAAACCAACGACACCAGCACCAACUACACCAAAACCAACAACACCAGCACCAACUACACCAAUGCCAACUACACCAGCACCGACUACACCAGCACCCACUACACCAGCACCGACCACACCAGCACCGACUACACCAGCACCGACUACACCAGCACCGACUACACCGAAACCAACUACACAAGCACCAACUACAGCAGCACCGACUACAACAGCCCCGGCAUCUUCCACAGCCAAAAUAGGUAAGCUACUCAGUCUUAAAGAUCCAACGGUGCGACCAGAAGAGAUCAAAGCCCUAAGCUAUUGAUAUAUCAUGCAAUCGUUACAGAAGUUUCAAAAGUUUGUUUUUUUUCCCGCAUGGACAAAGUAAGUUUUGAGAAGAAGAAUUUGAAAAAAAAUUACAUUUCUCUGCUUCUAUGUUUAAACAGAGCAAAACAAGAAAAAAUAAUUUUAAAAGAAAAAAAAAUCAAAACUCUACUGGAAUGUUUCGUUUUUUGUUGUUGUUUUUUUCAAAUCUGGUAUUUUAUUUAUUUAUUAUUUUUGUCUGGGGAUAAAUUAUAUUAAAAAAAAAAUUUCAAGGAAAGCAUAAAAAUGUUUAGUCAAUACAAAAAAUUUUCAGUACGAUAUUGAACUAUUAUAUUAACCCCCUGCAUUCUAUUAAAUUGUUGCGUUUACUACGCUGAAUCCUGAAAUGAUACUUACAGCAAAACAGAGAAUUAUUUAAUGGUAAUAACUCAAGCAUCUGUAUCGCAACAAAGAUUUUAAAAGAUCGAAUAUUUUUGUCCGAUGUUUGAACUAACAGGUUCUAAUACACAGUUGCUAAUAACCAUGUUUUUAUGUUAAAAUGUUGACAUUCAACAGAUGAACCUCUCACUUGUGUCAAAUGUGACGGGACUUGCAGAGGAAACGAGUUUGACGUCACGUGUCCCGAUGGCUUCUGCUCGCUGACUCUGCAAGACGACAUGGGUGGAAACAGAAUAAUUAAAAAAGGGUGAGACGCAGUGGAAGGCAAUGGUGGAUGCAAGUGUGACGUAGGGGCUAAGAGCAAUGACUAACACUGUACUUAAUCAUUUCAAAAUUUUGGCUACAAAAAACAAAAACAAACGUGAAGCAGCACAUCGCGACACCCUGUAAUGAUCACUGUGGUGUAGGCCUAUUGACAAACCGCGACACACUGGCUGUAAUAAUCACUGUGGUGUAGGCCUAUUGACACAUCGCGACACUAUGGCUGUAACGAUGUUGGGGUGUAGGCCUAUUGACACAUCGCGACACGCUGGCUGUAACAAUCGCUAUGGUGUAGGCCUAUAGGCACAUCGCGACACACUUGCUGAAAAGGUCGCUGAGUGUAGGCCUAUUGACACACCGUGACACCCUGGCAAAAACGCUGAAGUGCAGCGUACGUUUAUUUCAAAGUUGUUUUGGAAAAUCUUUUUAAAGACCUGAAAUAUAAGACACUAGAUAGAUAUAGUCCGCCAAACAUUGGCGACAGCAAUGCGUGGACUUCCCAUCUACUAAAGUUACGUGACAAAAACGUUAACUCAAGCUAUGCACAUUUAAGAAUGCCAAUUUUGCUACAACCCUUAACCUCCCCCCCCCCAUUUUUUCUUCAUGAUACGUCACUGCACACUUUUUAUUUUUCGCCCACGAACUAUAUAAAUGUAUCCGACCCGCGGCUUAGCAUAUUCCGCAAGAUUGUUGGAGUGUGCGCAUUGCUGGCAAGCAAGGGUGGUGAAGGAAGGGGCAGUAGCUCCACUGCAGUGCGAAUGUCAUGAGAUCAACGAUGGGCAGGCAAGGGAAGUGAGGGCAGGGUUUGCCUACGUUUUGCUUAUUCUGGCUUAUCUAUAUAUAGACUGCGUCGUCGUCUUCUUGCUUCUUGCCUUAGUUUCGCUGGCGAAUUAUAUAUAUAUAUAUAUAUAGAUACUCAUUUUAAUGGAGACGUGUAACAAAUUGUUGAAAACCAAAUCUAUAAAUUAUUAAACAUUUACGUCGUCAAUAUAAAUAAACUUAUCUAGCUGAUGUGUGUAAUUAAAAGAAAUUCUGCUGAUUGAUUUUCUCAUACAGACAAUUUAAAAAAAAAUGAAUUCUAUUGCGAGAUUUUAGCCAUUAUGAGGCAUGUUCGUGUGUUAGAUUAUUAGUAAGUUUUAUUAAAACUAUUAAAAUAUACUACAUUGCUCUUGAAUAUUACAUUUGAGUAAAAAAAAAAAAGGUUAAAUCCUCAAUUCUGACAUUCUUCCAAUCAGCCCAUCUUCCAUUUUCCUCAACUUCCGUUCUGCCCAUCUUCCAUUUAGCCCAUCUUUCUAUCCAUCUUCCAUUAAUCCCAUCUGUUGGUCUCUGUUAAGACACAACUCAAUUUAAAGAGAUUAUUAAGCAUAAACAUAUAUUUGAGUGAUAGGAAAGUAUGACGCCCUGUUACAGACCAAUUUAAAACAUGUCUUAUCCAUGUAUAUUUUCUUUUCUUUCAUCAGAUGUUCAAACCAAAACAAGUGCAUGAUGUUUUGGAUGGAGUGGAAUUCCGAUCAAUUGUGCCAGAACAUCAUCGGAAAUCCUGGGAACCCGUCCUAUCAAGACGUGUCUUGUACAUUUUGCUGCACGGGAGAACGCUGCAACGCCGACUUUACUCAGAUGAACGUGUUUCGUGGUGUUCGAAAAUAAUCUUUAAAAUAAUCAUGAUUUAAUAAAAUUGUUCUGAAGAAUUUGUCUUCAUACCAACAUUUUAAUAUUUAUAUAUAUAUAUAUACCACUGCUUCAAAUUUGGACUCUCUGUAAUGUCGAAAAGCAAAAAUUUCAAAUCGGUGUUAAUGAGACAGAAAGAAAUUUGCAUAUUUCUUCUAGCCAAAAGAAUAUCAUUUCUAAAUUUUAAUUUAUUUGUAUUUUUUAUCUUUUCUUUCAGAGACUAGAAAACAUUAAAAAAAAAGUACUUAGGUCUUUCUAUAUUUAGUGUAUAUAACAUAUUUCGAUGAGAUGAACUUAACUUUAUAUCAAAAUGAAUGUAUGCAUGUAUGUCUCGUAUGCGCUACUACACCAUUACUACACGAUUGCAAUAAAACUUUGGUGAGUUC